AUGAUUUGCCAUCAUCGCCCAAGCCUACCCAAGAUCAACUUGUGCAACAGGAUUCUCAACGCUUGCAAGAAGCUUUCCUGCAUCUCCGCCACGAAAGUACACGGUCAUGAAUCACCAGCUGUUGGAGGAAAGAGAAUCUGCGGAUCAUCAAGAGGUUGGCUUAUCGUAGCCGAUAAAACCUCUGCCAUUACUCUGGAAAAUCCUCUCAGAGGACUCAAAAUCCAACUCCCGCCAUUCUGCCCAGCAGCCGGGAAACAGGAACUUGUGCAUAAAGCCAUAUUAUCUUCUGACCCUGAAACCCAGGAGCAAGACUACUCUGUCAUGAUAAUAUAUGGAGAGAACCGAGAGCUAGCUCGCUACGAUUCCGGUAACAAAACAUGGACUAUGUUACAAGAAGCUGGAUCUUUCUACGACGAUAUCAUAUCGCACAAGAUAAAUUUUUAUGCGGUUGAUGGGUAUGGAAGAGUUGUUCGUUGUGAGAAAAGUAACGUUAAAGAAAUUGCAGGACCAUGGUUUUUCAAGGGAAACAGAGUAUAUCUGGUGGUGAUAGAGGAACAAUUGAGUCUUAUAAUUAGACACUGGAAAAAUAACCCUGUUUCUGGUCAGAAAAUAACACAUAAAUUUGAGGUGUACGAUCUGGAUGGUCCUGAGAAUUGGGUACAUACCGACUUGGAUGGUUGGUCGGUUUUCGUGGGCCAAAAUCAGUCAUUAGCGGUGCGGGUUGCCGGUAGCAACAUAUUAAAAGGUAAUUGCAUCUACUUCACAGAUGACAAUGGAGAUUUGCACAAGAAUAGCAUCACUGAUGGCCGCGACCAAGGUGUGUUCGAUGUAGAAGAUGAAACUAUCAGUUCUUUACGCUGCUAUCUUCAAGAUUUUCCACCAAGAGGUGUUUGGCCACAAUCAAUCUGGCUUGAAAAAUAG